CAGCUGCUGCAGCGAGCCUCGCAGCAGCAGCAGCAGAAGCAGACAGGGGCAGAGGCCGCCCCAGAAGAAAUGGUUUGGGGGCCCUUUUAGAAGGGUCCCCAGAGAGGGAGGGGCCCCUACAAAAUGGUACUUGGGGGGCCCCCCAGGGGCCCCUGGGGGCCCACUGGCCCCUGGGGGGCCCCGCAAGUGCCCCUGGGGCGCUGGGCCCCAGGGGGGCCCCCAAGGGGGCCCCCAAGGGGGCCCCCCGGGGGGCCCCCAAGGGGUGGGCCCCCCAGCUAAAUGGGAGACAACAUUCUGAAGAGAACUUUCCUUUGCUGGUCUUUUCUGUUUCCCCUUCUCCAACUCCAGAUGCUGAGACCCGAAGCAGGGGCCCCUCUAUGGAGAAGGACCCCGAGGGGCCCCCGGAGGGGCCCCCGGAGGGGCCCCCGGCGCACAGCCCGCAGGGGGGCCCCCCGCGGGGCCCCCAGGGGCCCGAAUCCAACGGGGGUCCUCCUUUUGUACCCUCUAGGAGGGGGACAAGACUGCAAAAGACCCCUAAGACGUAA